CAUAACUAUUGUGCUGCUAACUUGUAACUUACCUGGGUGUAUAAUUACUCCUACAUAACACCAAUCUUCCCACCGCAACGUUAAGAAAUGAUCUCAUCAAUAGUCCAAAUCCUUAUCUUGCUAACCCCAGUCUCCCGCCCCCAGUGCCAAUUUCAUCGCUGACUCCUUGGCUCCAGCCGCACGAACCAGGGGGGAUUCGAUAGGCUAGGUAUGAUCGUCGACCGCGCCGCUCAGCACCAGGGGCCGUUGGUUUUGGCGGUUCCUGCAUCCUGCGCUGAUUGAAAUUUGUAUGGCUAGGUAUGCCGGUACGUUGGAAUAUGGUAGGUACAUAGGUGAGCUGAUUCCCCGGAUUCGGGUUUCGAGAGCGAAAAUCGACUCUUAUGAAAAGUUUCGAUGAGCGAUUGACGUUUCUAUUUCUUUCUUUUCCUCUCCGUUCUUCGUUCAUGCUAGAGGUUGUUACUUGCGUAACGAACGGGCUUGUGUAAAGCGCAUUUGCUUGUCGCUCGCAUUUGCAUGACUAGGUAUUUUAGAUAGAAGUGCCUAUCUAUGGCGUAAAUCUCAACAAGGAAAAGAGGGUAUACAAAACCGAUAGAAAACGCCCCUCUACUCCUGCAUCGCGACAAUGCCAUCCAUCCCGAAAGUCCCUGAAAUUAGCGACCCAGUCCCCGAACCGCCUCCCAUCUCCAGCGGGGAAAGACCAACAGGCCAGGGUCCAGAUCCGGGACAAGAACAAGGACCCUCCUCCCAAUUCGGCGAUACUAAACCCGAUCCCACUGAGCCCGAUACUUCGAAUCCGGACCCAACGAGUCCUAGUGAACCAAAGAAUACGAAGGAUGUAGAUUGGGGCGAUCUCGCGGAUCAAGCUAGUAACCUGGACGGUAACAAUGGGGAUACGAGUAGUGGUAAUGGGAAUACAGGCUCGGGAACGGGACAGCAGCCUCCAAGAAUAGGAACGGGUACCGGUCCUCCUAUCGCAGCUGCGACAUCUGAACCUACACCUACUACUCCCCCGAGUCCUCCGCCGCAAGGGUUACCGCCGUGGGGUAUUCCGGUAAUAGUAGUCGCGAGCGUGAUCGGCGCUUUGCUACUCGCGGGCCUAGCGUUAUUUUUCAUGCGCAGACGGAAACAGAAGAAAUUAAGAAAAGAAGAAAUUGCAGAAGACGAAAGGGAAAGGGAUACAGUGUAUCAUGCGCAGGUCGCGGCGUAUAGGAAGUUAGAGCAGAUGGAGAGCUCGAGGGCGGAGGAUAGUGAUACGGAGGGAAGAGGUGGGAUGUAUGAGGAAGGUAUAGGAUCGAUUAGGGGAGGAGGGAGGGGAGUGAAUGGUGAUGGUGUGAGUAUUGAGAUGCCGGUACGAACGCAUACGUUUGAGAGUGGGAAUGUAUCGGUGAAUAGUCUGGCACCUGCGACUACGCAACUUGCGAGGAGUAGCUCGGUGGUCUCGAGUUUGACGUCUUCGUCUAGAGGCACACAGGGGCAAGGUCGGUAUGAGAGGAUAGAUGCCCCGCCGUCGCCAUUGUCUGAUAGGAGUCCCGAGACAGACGCACCGCCGUAUAUGUGGACGCCACAGAAUUUAUCGAGAGCAGGGACGGGGGAUACGGGGAGAGGACUAAGGGUGGAAUCGAAUAUUCCGUCAAUUUUGAGACCAGGUUCGACGCGACCGGGGACACAAGGGGGUGGAGGUUGACGUUGAUGUCGCGGUAGAUAAAGGAAAUUUUACGUGUGAGAUGAGAAUCGGAUAAGACAGCGAAGGAAUUAAUGAUGUUGAGGGCUAGAUCACGUUUUUAGGGGUAUGAAAGCUGAAGAUAUCGCUCUAAGGCGAUAUGGACUAUUGGACAGUAGCAAGAUGCUGGACCACUUCACGUAUUUUUACUCAUUCAUGAGGUAUAUAUUAGGAAUUGGGGAGCGUUGUAACGAUAUCUAUAGAGAAGCUACGCAGAUACUUUCAAAUAAGAUGAAAUUAGAAAUAUCC